AUGAAAGUGGCCGUAUUGCUUCUAGCAUUGACUUGCUCUCUGGUCAACACCAAGACCCUUUCGAAGCAAGACGAUAAUGAGGUUGCCCUCACCUUGAAUAUUCUUCAUUUGAAUGACAUUCAUGCCCAUUUCGAAGAGGUCAAUGAGAGUACUGGUCGUUGUCAUGCGGAUCAAGCUGAGGCCGGACAAUGUUUUGGGGGUAUGGAGCGCAUUCACACCAAGGUCAAUGAAAUCCGGAACAUCACCGACUUCAAGAACGUGAUCCUCCUCAAUGCUGGGGACUAUUAUCAAGGCACCAUUUGGUAUACCAUGUUCAAGUACUCUGUGGUGGUGGAAUUCGCCGAAAUGCUCAACUAUGAUGCCAUGGCCCUUGGGAACCACGAGUUCGAUGAUGGGCCCGAAGGUUUGGCUCCAUUUGUAGACUCGGUCAGUUUCGACGUGCUGGCCGCAAACUUGGAGGAAACUUCAGUCAAGGGAGAACUCGAGAACGUCAAGAAAUCCAAGGUCCAAAUUAUGGAAGAUGGAACAAAAAUAGGGAUCAUUGGAUACGUCACCACAGACACACCUCAAAUUUCGAAGCCUGGCGAGUUUGUCAAGUUUGUGGAUGAGAUUGAUUCGAUCCGAGCCGAAGCACAAAGACUCCGAAAUGAGGAGCAAGUGGAGAUCAUCAUUGCGUUGGGACAUUCAGGCUAUGAAUUGGAUCAAAAAAUGGCAGCCGAAAUCGAGGAGCUGGAUGUUGUGGUUGGCGGGCAUUCACACACAUUUUUGUACACGGGGGACGUUCUGCCCUCCAUUGAAGAGCCCCGGGGACCUUAUCCCACUUAUGUGAAACAAGCCAGUGGCAAGGUGGUGCCAGUGGUCCAAGCCUACUGCUUCUCGAAGUACAUGGGUCAUAUCACCCUCAACUUUAACGCCAAUGGCGAUCUGAUCCAAGAUGUGGAUGGCCAAGGUGUGAGUCGAGCUGACGUCAUUCUCUUGGAUAACUCAGUGGAGAAGAGCCCUGAAGUGGGCGUGAGAAUGCAGAAAUACAGGGAUCAACUUCAGGAGUAUUACGAGGUCAUCGGUGAGACCACUGUGAACUUGGAGAAGAACGGCUUGGCCGAGUCUAACAUCGGCAAUGUCUUGGCGGAUUCCAUGGUGGACAUCUGGCAAGGACAGGCGGAGAUUGGCUUCAUUAACAAUGGAGGCAUUAGGGCCAAUCUGAUUGCUGGUGACAUUACUGGUGAGGACGUUUUCAACGUUCUUCCAUUCAACAACACCGUGGACAGACUUACAAUGACAGGAUCCGGUUUGAGAGGGCUCUUGGAAGAGUACAUUGGCAACGUUUGUGCCGACCAGAGUUGUUAUCCAGGCACUUUUCUCCAAAUGUCCGGUCUCAAAGUGCUUUACAAAAUCUAUGAAGAUAAUGUGGGCCAAAGAAUCGCCUCCAUUCAAGUACGUUGCGAAUUGAAUGGUUGGUGCGAUUUGGAGGAUGACGCCAAGUACUUUGUUGCUGUUCCCAGUUUCUUGUCAGAAGGAGGAAGCCGAACUGCCAAUUUUCCUCAAUGGAGUGAAGGGCCUCCUGAGGUUGGGCCUAGCGAUUACGUGGCUUUUGAGGCUUACGUGAUCAAGGAUUCCCCCAUUAGAACUGAGAUUGAAGGGCGCAUCACAAUCAAUUAUUAUCCCGGUGAAAACGCUCCUACUGUGUAA